UUUGCUGCUUCCUAUUUGCACCAGGAUCACUUUCUUGAUUCAUCAAUUACUUUCCCCAUUCUCUUUUUUGAGUUUCGCAAGAAAAAAGAGGCAAGAGUUUGGUUCAGGAUCAAGGGUAUCAUAAAGCAUGGGGGAUUCUUCAUCAUCAUAUAUUCACCUGGUGCAGCAUCUGAUUGAGAAGUGUUUGAUCUUCAACAUGACGAAAGAAGAGUGCAUGGAAACACUCUCCAAACAUGCAAACAUCAAGCCUGUCAUCACUUCUACUGUUUGGAAUGAACUUGAAAAGGAAAACAAGGAAUUCUUUGAAGCCUAUGCACAAUCCCAGAGCAAACAAGACCGAAUGUCCACGGAAGAGACCAGUCAAAUGAUCCAGAAGAUGAUCUCGGAUUCCCCUAAAGACCCCGACGAAUAACAUUGCCCCUCGAAAACGAUCUGUCGUUGGUGUUCUGGUUGGUAGUUAGCCCUCUCCUACACCCCUAAGCUCCUCUACACAUCCAGCCAAACACUACACAGCACAAAAUUUAAUUGAGAGUCCUUUCAACCUUUGAAAGUGGUCCUAUUUCACAUGUUCAAUACGGAAGAUCACGGCGCAUUAUCAGGGUCCCCUUUCAAAUAAAAUCUAGACUACCCUAUAAUUGAAUAUUCAAUAAUUACAUACCAUGCCAUAAUGUUGUGUCAACGUCUUAGGAAAAAAUUUCGAGGAACUGCACGAAAGGGUAUUCUUGUAAUUUCAUUAUCUUCGUCGCAUUUACUUUGCUUACUGUAUAUGUACCUAUGUGCUGAAUGAUGAUUCGAUCAUUAUGUAUGUACUUAUAUGAAGCGCUGAAGAUUGUAUGAAUCUUUUCCUCUGUGCGAAUAGAAGGGAUUGCUUUGGUUUCUUAUGCUAAAGAAAAGGGCGGUGGCAGCAUCUGGAAUCCGUGUCUUCCUGUGUUUCAGCACAAAAUUUUUUUGGCUCUGUUUUGUCUGAUAGCAUAUGUGGCUGGUUCUGGCUUUCGUAUGUUAACAUUAUUGUAGAGUAAAAUAAAAAACAGUGGGAACUCCUUGCAUCCUGGUCACAGUCAUGAAUUUUUUGAUGUAUGUGAAGGUGAUGUUUACGGUCCUGGUCGAAGCCAGUGGUCUGGAAUCAUCCAGUGUCUAUCAGGGUAUUCAAUGUAAUGUUUCUUCUGGCAUUAAAUGAAUGGAAAGUUCAGUGAUUAACACUUAAAA